GUACAUAUAUACACACACACGCACACACACACACAAAUACAUACAUGUCUGUAUAAUUCUUGAUCAAGGAAGUAAGUAAUUGGCAAUGGAAGAGAAGAGAGAAGAGAGAGAAAAAGGGGUGUUUAUGCCGAAUGGGUUAAUUGAAGGGACCCCUGUUUUCGUUAAAGAGCUGAUUGCUGGCGGCGUAGCUGGUGGUUUUGCCAAGACCGUCGUUGCACCUCUCGAACGUGUCAAGAUCUUGUUUCAGACCAGGCGAGCCGAAUUUCAUAGCCUUGGCUUAUCGGGAUCCUUCUCAAAAAUCAUGAAAACAGAAGGGGUGCUUGGUUUUUAUAGAGGGAAUGGAGCUAGCGUUGCUCGUAUUGUGCCUUACGCAGCAUUGCAUUAUAUGGCCUACGAAGAAUACCGAAGAUGGGUAAUUUCGGGAUUUCCCGGCGUUGGGAGAGGUCCGGUUCUUGAUCUUUUAGCUGGAUCUUUUGCCGGCGGAACUGCUGUUCUUUUUACUUAUCCACUCGAUUUGGUCCGCACGAAAUUAGCUUAUCAGGUUGUAGAACCCUCGAAACUCAAUAUCAAAAGCCGUGCUUCAAAAGACGUAGUCUAUAAAGGAAUUCGAGAUUGCUUCUCGAACAUAUAUAAAGAUGCUGGACUAAGAGGUCUCUACCGAGGUGUCGCUCCGUCACUCUAUGGAAUAUUUCCGUAUGCGGGAUUAAAGUUUUAUUUCUACGAGGAAAUGAAAAGACACGUCCCUCAAAAUCACAAAAAUGACAUCACCGUUAAACUUGUCUGCGGCUCCAUUGCCGGUUUACUCGGUCAGACUUUCACUUAUCCUCUCGAUGUUGUCAGGCGACAAAUGCAGGUACAGCGGCUCGUAAUAUCUGAUCAUAACAUUGCAAAGCGAGGGACAAUAGAAACCCUUGUUAUGAUUUUCCAAACGCAAGGAUGGAAGCAAUUAUUUUCCGGGCUCAGCAUAAACUACUUGAAGGUUGUGCCUUCGGUAGCAAUUGGAUUUACUGUUUACGAUGUCAUGAAGGCAUACUUGCGAGUUCCAUCGAGAGACGAGGCUGCGGUGGCAAAAGUUGUUGAUAUUCGUGAAAAUAGCCACCCUUCUUCGAUCCCUUCUUCUUCUUCGCCUUCGCUAUCUCGAACUCAACAAUAACCAUUCUUUACCAGUUGUAUAUGGUAUUGUGUGUGUGUGUUUUUUUUAAUAAUUGGCAUCUGCAGCAUUGCUUAGGUUAGUGUAAUAAAACUACAUUUAUUGAAGAUGUAAGUGUUAAUAUAGGCAUAUGAAUAAAAUUGCAACAAAAAUAUUCAAUUGCGGUGAAUAA